GAGUAGUGUCUCGUGGAAGUGAUUGGACGUUUAUUUUGAAAUUUACCAAGCGUCGUACUCUCGUGUACACUUGUAUUAUUUUACGUCUGCACGUGGUGCUUCCGUUGGUUUUCGCAAAUUAUAAGUACUUAUCGAAUUGUUGUAAAUUUUUUUUUUUUCCAUCGCAAUAAUACAAUUUAAAAACAACCCAGUAUCAUAAGCCGGUCGGGACGUUUUAACGUUGUCGAAUUAUAUAUUAUAGCCAGAGCAUAUUUAAGAAAAUAUAACACCGCUCGAUAUAAACAUCGACCGAUCCUUUCGACGUGAAAUCAUGAAGAAGGUAUGUAUAUAUUAUAAUAUAUUAUAAUAAUACGACAAUAAUAUGUGUCAAUUAAUAAAAUAUUGUAUACAUUUAGAAAAUUAAGUGAAAAAAAAAAAAAUGAUUAUAAUCGAUUGAAAUGCAAUACAUUACUUAUAUCUUUAGUUCCGGGGAGGAGGGAUUAAGUCAAUUUUGUAUAUUUUUUUUAAUAAUAUAAAAUUGUAUUGUUUUAAAUUAUUGUUAAAUAGCUAAAUUGCUGUACAAAAUAUAAUAUAAUUGACUAGUGCCUUUUUUUUCCAAACAAAAAGUACAUCACAUAAUGACUUAAAAAAUAAGCCAAAAAUUAAUUCAAGCUCAACUUUUUCAAUGGGACCAAACAUAUAUUAACAAAAUUUAAUCAAAUAUUAUCAUUGAGUAUUUUAACAGUAAUUAUUUUUAAUAUAAUUACAAAAUGUCGUUUUAUUCUCACUACCAUAAUCAUUUACUCUAAUAAUCCAUGAAUAUUUUAUAAACAUUAUAUUUGAAUCGACAAAUUCGUUGAAUUUGUAUGAGGCUAAUAUGCAUCGUUAUUGUAUACUAAAAUAUGUAUACAUAAUAUGCAUCAAUACAUAGUAUAAACAUUAACAUAGUUUACAUUUUUAGUCAUAUUUAUGGAUUAAUAAUAGAAUACACAUUGUGAUUUUGGUUAUAAUAGAAAAGAAAAGAAAUUUUUAUAAAAGAAAAAACAUUGCGUUUUUAGAAUAUUUACAAUUUUACAUAGGUAUUUGAAAAAUAGUAUCAAUAGGUACGUAAAACGUAAAAUCGGGCUUACAUUUAUUUACUAUAACUGUGUACGAUAAAAAUAACCAAUAGUGUUUUUUUUUUUUUCUGUAAGAAAUAUAGAAUAACAGAUACAUUACAUUUGAAGGGUAACUAUAUUAUAGCAUGUAUACGUAUUACAGAGUUCGCGAUUGGGCAUACAUUGUAUUGCACAUUAAAUAUAACCUUAAAUUGCUAUAUACAUUUGAAUAUUUGUUUUAGGUCCACAUACUUGUUAUUGAUUUAUAUAUUAAUUCGAUACAGUUUGUGUGUGUGAAAUGGCAUAAUAAUAUAGUAAUAUACAUUUAUUUAUUGCUUAAUAAGUGUGUAAAAUAUAAUAUAUAUUACUACUAAUUUGAAUGCACGAUAAACACUACGAAAUAAUGAUAGAUAAAAAAUAAUUUUGGAUACUAACUUUGUUUACGUAGUAUAUUAGAUUACUGACUAGGUAGGUACAAACUAAUUUGAAAUUAAUAAAUUCGAAUAUACUAAUGCAAGUAAUAAGGUUAUAGUUAAUUUUAUUUCCAAAAACAAAAUUAUAAAUUAUUUUCACUUAUUUACGUUUAUCGUUAUUCAUAUAUGCCUAAAAUUUUAAAAUUCAAAUUAUUCAAAAUUGUAUACGCAAAAAAAGCAAUUCUAUUAUUGUCAUUAUAUAAUAUAUUUGAUACAAAUUCUGAAAGAAUAUAGUUUUUGUACAAGGGUAAAAUACCUAAGCGUAUUGAUAUUUGAACAUUUGAAUAUGUUGAGAAUUAAAAAUUAUUUUUUAACGAGUGUGGUUUAUUAAUUAAUUAUUGAUUAAAUACAUUUUCAUAAUAAAAUGCAUUUUAAGAACUAUUAUUUUAUAAUUUAUUUACACAAGUUCAGUGACAGUUUAUAAAAAAUUAAUAUUUAUAAUACCUACUAUUUUUUUAUUUUUUUUAAGUAAUUACCUAUAUUAUUAAAAUUCACACUACCUAUUCUAAGAUUUCAGAUGAGUGACAAGGGUUACAACCAGGAUCAUAUUAUAGUUUUAGAAUUUAAAGCUAUAAUAAAUCAUCAAUCAAUCGAUUCUGAGUAGAACUCAAAUAUUAAUGAUUUAUUGAUUUUCGUUACAAUAUUCAUAAAUAAUAAUUAUCAAAUAUUAUCUAAUUGGCAAAUUUCAAAAUUAAGCUACUUAUCUAAUUUUCUUCUUAAACGAAGUAUUAAAAAAAAUGCAAAAUGUCAAAACAUCGGUGUUCAAUUAAAAUAACUGAUUUACAAAAAUUGCCGACUAAAAUUUAUCAUUGUGAAACAAAAAUAUUUCCUUGUUUUCGUUUAGGGUAUAAUAUGAAUAUGUACCUAAAUAAAACAUCGGAUAAAAAUAUUCAUAACUUUCCACAAAAAUUUUUAAUUUUUCUAAAAACAAUACUUAGAUUUUUAAUAUUAACAUUAUCUAUUAAUAAAAUAUAUUAAUACAAUUUAGGCGAGGAAUGUAUUGAUAUUGCUAUAAUUUGUGUUUUUUUGUGUGCUUAUAAACAAUAUUUGUACCAAAAAUCGAACUUCAAUUAAAAACAUUAUAGAAACUUUCUUGUAGCAUUUAUCUAGUUGGUACAUUGGAGAGGUGAUUUUUUUUUAUUGUAUUUGUCUUUGUAAAUGGAAAAAACUGUUAAUUUCGUGUAUUAUUUUCGUCAAUUUUUGGCUUACCCAUGGCAAAAAGAGAAAAAUACAUUAGAUAUAGGUAAUAAUUUAUGUUGCUUACAUAUGUAAAUUAAAUUACAUCAACAGUAUCAGCUUUUUUUAUGAAACUAUUAUUAAAUUAUAAAUAAAUAAAUAAUAUAAGGAAUAAAUAACAUAUAGAGCCAAAAAACACCGAACCGUCUUAGAAUGACUAAAUACUUGGUUUUUUCUUCACAUAUAAAAAAAAAAAAAACAAUAUAUUUCAAUUCAGAAAUAUAUAUAUUAGAUAUCAUGUCAAGAACUCCUAAGCCAUUAUUAGUUUUUUUAAUAUAUGAUUAUAUGGUUGGUUGAACCGAAAUAUUUGUAGUUAUUAAAGAAAUAAUAAUUUUAAAAUAAAAAUCAAAUAAGUUUUCUGUUUCGAAUAAGGUUGUUAAAAUUGCCUAUAAUAGUUGAACGUUACGAUGAAAUUUCACGCUCAAAUUGCACACCUAUCGUUGAAUUAACGGUUUUCGAACUUUACAUAACAAAUAUAACAGUAAGCGCUCCGAGUUUUAAAAUAUAAUAUACGGUUUAAAUUUUAAUACAAUAUUUUAUAUAUAAAAAACAAGGUUAUCGAAAAUAAUCAGAAUUUUUUCAAUCAGAUAUGGUUUUAAAUUAUAUUCAUUAAAUUUGAACAGAAUGAGAUAGACGAUUCGGAUUUUGAAUCAAACUUGGCGGAACUGUUAUUAAUCUAUAAUUGACUGUCGUCGACCUUAGGUAUAAAUGUAGGCUUAUUUUGUUGUUAUUAUUACUAUUAUAGUCUAAAUUAUUAUCUGAAAACUCGUAAGCGGGUAUAUUUUUGAUUUCCAUGGAUAUAACAGUGAUACGGGUUAAUUUAAUAAUUUUUUUCUUUUUGCAAAUGAAGAAACAUCAAUUUAAAAUAACAUUGUGUAUUUCGUUAUUUGUAAAAUGAUAUACUAGUUUAGUGGGCAUAGUAUUUAUACAUAGUUCGACCACUAGUGUUGUGUAAAGAUAAAUUUUAAUAUAUUUACAUUAAGAUAAAAGAUAAUUAUCUAAAUAGAAAAAAAUCAACAUAAAAAUAUAAUGAUCUAGAUAAAGAUAUAAAUCAGCAAUCAAUUUUAAAAAACUUGAUAAAAAAAAAAUGUUUUAUUUAUAACUAAUAACAUAAAAUUAAGUACUUGCUAAAAAUAUUAAAAAUGUAACAGAUUUGGUACACAUAUAGAUUUUAAAUAGAUUUUUAUUUUUAGCUUAAAUUAGAAUUCAUUUAGGGCUCAUUUUAAAACAACAUUUAGUUGCUACAUUCCUGUAUUUACCUAAAUAAAAUAAAAGAUAAAAUAUACCUCUAUAGAUAAUCUUUUUAGAUAAAACACAAUAAUAAUAACCGCUAUAAUAUUAUUCUGUCACGUGUGUUUUUUUUACUCAAGCUUUAUUAGUAUAAUAAAUUAUUAUAAUCCGAUAAAAACAACGUCCAAAUUAUUUUUUUCAGGUAUUAUUUUUUAUGUUCGGCAUGUUCGCGCAAACGUGUUUAGCGUCAUCGGCGAUUUCAGAUACUACCGCCAAACACGGACAUCGCCAGACCGACGCCGGAGACAAGAAAAUUUCAAAAAGAGAUUACUACGCCCCCGAGUACAAUCACGACCAAUACGUAAGUGACAGUUCAAUUUUCAAUUUUUCUUCAUAAUAUAACUGAUUCAAUAUUCAAGGGCGUAUUUAAAGAUUUUUCGAAGGUAUAUUAUACUAUAAUAUUGACGUUUUAGGUUUUUCACACUGCAAACAAUUUUCUGAAAGCAAAUUUUUUCCAGUUGGUGCAUUGAGAAGGCCGCGUUUUUAUAUCCCAUGUAAUUUUCUUAAAUUUAGGGGAAAAACGAGAAAAUGUACGGCAAUAAUGGUUUUGUUAUUUUUGAUAUUGUUUUUUGUUACAAUUCGGUUAAAAAUAUCAUAGAGAUCCAGCAUUUUCACAGAAUAUGUACUUUUGAUAGACGUGGUAAAAUUCACAAAUUGUAUAGAUUUUUAAUAAAUAUAGACAUUUGGUACUUUUGAUUAAUUUUUUUUAUUUGAUUUCACGAGAGGAUAAAAUUAGUUUGAUCGAGCAGAAAUACUUGAAAAAUUUACACAAGGUUCGUUGUAGUCGAUGGAAAAAAAAGUUGAGCGUAAAAUAAUUGUUUUUUGUUUAUUAUUAUUUAUUAUAUCAACUACAAUAGAUAUUAACUUAAAUUAUAUUGAGUUAUACAUUUUAAUUUUGUCUAAGGUAGGACAUUUUUUUUUGAUGCCUGACUAUGGUCCGAUUGCUUCAUGUAGGUUGUCAGGGAUAUUAAAUUCAUGUUUCGGUGACAGUUGGGCAGUAAAAGAUGAUGUGUUUGGUGGUGUUGUAUGAGUUAUAUGCUGAGCAUCGGAGAGUUGGCGUAUUUUCCAUCGGGAGCACAUACGGGAAUUUAGUGUGGUUAAUUCUAUAUCCAUGUCUUUAACGGAGUGUUUUAUUUCUUAUUAUUUGUUUUCCACUGUUUUGUAACAUUCCAUAUUUCAUUUAUCUAUAAAGUAUUUAUUUACACUUUUUCGUGGGUCAAAAAGUGAGGAAACAGAAAGUUUUUCAUUAGUUAGGUUUUAUCAUACGUUCAAAUUAAAACGUAAAUCUUAUUUAAUCAAAUUUAAGUUGAGAUCACUCGUAUAUUAUUAAGUAAUCAACUGUAUCAACAAAAAAAAAGCUACCCUGUCUUAAAUCUAUAAACACAGUCUGAUUAAAAAAUUCGAAUGGAUAAACAGUCUAAAAGAACAAUUUUCAUGUUUGUAAGAUAAAAAUAUCGAAUUUAAAUAAAAACGCUACGUUUUUAUUUUUUUAACGUUACUUAUUGUUCAUUGUUAUAUGUGGACUUUCGAUUAAAAUAGGUUUUUUCUUUUUUGAAAUUCGCUUUAUCCGACGUCUUUAAUUAGUUUUCUGAUUCCGCAUCUUUUAUUCUAUAGAAUUUACUGUGUGGAUAGAAAAAUAUACAGAAAGUCAAAAAGUAUCGUCUUAAUAAAAUACGCUAAAUAUUUUACAUAAUUUAAACGCUGCCCCGAACGAUUGUCAAAACUCUUGAUUAGUCCAACAUUAUGAACGCAUUCAUACAAAAAUAUAUAUCUGGUAGAUUCAAAUGUAUUGCCAUCGAUUGUCGGCAAGAAAAAAAAAAUCCAAAUUAUGUCUAACCGCUGUUUAUGAAGUUUCGUUGAUAUUACGCUUAUUUAAAAACUGUCCGGUUAAAUUCGAAAAUUCUUUUUAGCAUUAUUUGGCAGGUUUUUUUUAGCUAUCGAGAUUAUUAUUGUCAUCAUCAUUAUCAUCGUCUGUAUAAAAUAUUAUAAAAAAAUAAAAAAAAAAAAACAUAUAUAAUAUAAAACGACUAAUUAUGAGUGACGCGGCGACGACGGCGGCGUUGGUGACAGCUUAAUGAUAGCUAAUUUUAAUUUCUCAAUUACACCCAAAUAUACGAGCAAAAAUAAAAUAGAAAACCGAAAAUAGGGAAGUGGAAAAAAUUCAAAUUGCAUAUACUAUCAAUAUUAUAAUAAACGUACAUUUUUAACGACUCGGGCUUGAGUGUAUUGAUAAAGCGUGAAAAGAUACGAUUUCAAUAUUUUGUAAUCGGUUAUAAAACCGCCUAUGUAGGUAUCUAUUAGGGAUGAGACACAAAUCCAGAUAGUCCGAAAAGACUGGAUUUUUGAUUUAAAAAUACGAGUAAUCCAAUUUUGGAUUUCAAAAGUAUAAUUAUGGUUAAUUUUUAAAUUUUACGAAAAAUGCUUAAAAAAAUCUAUAAUGAAAGUUCCAAAUCCAAAAUCCCGAUUGUAAAUUAGUUUUCGGAUCCAGAAAUCGGGAUUGUAGAAUUUCGAUAAAUCCUGAUUUUUCCCACUCACCACCAAGUAAAACUUUAUUGUAAAUAUUAUUAUACUUAUCAAGUGGAAGAUAUUUAAGACCUAUUAAAUACACACUAAGAGAUGAGUGGAGGAAAAGAAGAAUAUUGAACUUAGAGACACUCUUUCACAAACCGAAUAUACUGAAAACGAUAGGACACAAAAAAUAACGUAGGGCUAGGAAUGUUUGGUGCAAUCUUUCACAUGCAGUAUUUGAAGAAAAUCCUACAGAGAAAAGACGACUUAGGGAGAAGAUACGUGAAAGCGUUAGGUGGCGGUAUACGGACUGGAAAAUAAAGACAUCGAAUAGGGAAAACUGGAGGCAAAGCUGUUUGACAGGAUCAUCUUAGUGGCUGAUUUAUCUAAGAAGAAGACAAAUUAAGCCAGAGCAUAUUUUUAAUCCUAUGAUUCCCUAAAUUCCUAUUAAACAUUCACGCAAUAAUGUCCUAAUGAAAAUUGCAAAAAUCUUUAUGUUCACAAAAAAAAGCAGAUAUUACGGAUGCGCCACUGGAAAGUCGAUAAUGACAUGGGAUAAGAAAGAAGUAAUUUGAUUUAUACCUAUACAUAAUGAUAAACUAUUGUAAACGAAAAACGAUUUGAAGAGAAGUUUGAUUAAACAUUUCUGGAAACACCGUUAAUACAUCAAUUUGAACUUUAAAAAACACUUAUUGAAAAACAUUCGCCAUAUUUUUAUUGUAAGAAAAAAAUCUCGAUGAACCUAGUAUAAGUAGCUAAUUUUCAAAUAUUUUUCAUAGGCCGAAAAAAUUUGACCACGUCUAGAAGAAUGUAAUUUUUUGGUUUCAAAGAUUUGUAUAAACUGAAUUGCAGCAAACAAAAUAAAAUAAAAUGGAAAUCCGUUACACUGCGUGCAUAUUCCUUAUGUUUUAUCCGAUUACUAAAAAAACUAUAAGGAAUAUUGACAAAUCACUUCCUGAAUCCACCAACCUAGACGACACAGAUGAUCCGGUAUAAAAUUCCGCAUACAAAAUAUUGUUGCAUGAUUUUCGCUAUACGAGUACGCUGCAGGGUAUAUAGUAUUGUCACUAUCUAUUUUUUUCGAACUGCCAAUGAAAACACGCAAAAGCAUACACAAACUGAAACACCCUUAUAAUACAAUAUCGAUAAGUGCGUGUGCUAACCAUUGAAAUUAAACGUCGAACCUUUAUUAUUACGGAUCGACAUUGAAAAGAACCGGACAAACUGUAUUAGGUAUACCGUCGAAAAUCUCGCGACAAAAAAUUAACUAAACGCGGCAUUAUAAUGUUUAAAAAUUUAAGGUACCUACCUAUAGGCGCGUAUUUUUUAUUCUGUUCGUCACGAUUAUGUAGCGUCAUUUAAAAAAAAAAAAAAAACGUAGAAAAAAUGUGUGAAAAAAAAAACAAAACCAUUUUGAACGGUUAUCUCGCGCGUUUUUAAGAGAUAAUUACGGUACAAUACUUUUUUAAAAUCCUGAACGUACCUAUGUACCUGCAUGUAAAACUCGUAAUAAUCGACCGUCACGCCGCGUAUAAUACAAUAUAAUAAUAAUAAUAAUACUCGUAAUAUUCAGCAGUUCGGACGCGUGUUUCGUAAGUCGGAUUAAAAAAAAAAAAAAAAAUUAGACAUCCGUUUGACCAUAUAAUAAUCGCUGUUGCGCGCCGAUAAAUAAUAAUAAUAUUACGGGUAACAAUUAUUAUAUUAUUAUGAUUUUUUUAACACUUUCAAAUUAUUACGUCUGCGACGGAAUACCGUCGGCUGUGUUAUUUAUAACCGUUUGUCCGCAUGUGUGAUGGAUACGAGUAUACGUGUGCACAAAUACGACGGAACUGGUCAUAGAUUUUCGACCCAUGCGUCAUAACAAUAAUCGGACAAAUUAACACGCGUUUCCUAUUUGCACGCGACCACUAUUAUCAUUCGAUUAUCGUAUAUAAUGAGUGGUUGACAUAUUAUACGAUUCGUACCCAACGGUCUUUCGUCAAAUUUAAAUCGUAAUGUCUAUAAUACGCGCAAUGUUCUUGAAUUCUUCCGCUUUCUGCUGACCGAGACGCAGUGUCCAUGCAUUGUCACAACCGCCGUGCAAAAAACCCGACGUGUUACACCGAGUAGCGUCGAGUCUAAAUAAAAUUACGCGUUUGCGGACGAACCUAAUGAAAAAUCGACCUUUUUUUUUUUUUUAAUUAAUUUCACGAUUUCACCUGCACGGUAACGUUUUAGUGUGUACAAUUUAAAAAAAACCACACACACGCGCGCGCGCGCGCGCGUCUGUUAAUGCAUAUCGUUUAUUGCAAAUGGUCCAAAAUGUUCGGAAUGUUUGAACUAGCGAUAGGCGCGUCCGAAAAAAAUAUUUUCUGUCGUAUUAUUCGAUAGAUUGAAAACUAUUUUCUAUUAAUAUUCUAGACUCAGAUUCGGUCAUGGAAAAAGCAAAGUCGAUAGUUCGAUCUAAACUAUCGAAAACUAUCGAUAGCAUAACGUGUCCGUUACUAUAGUUUUGGACAUAACAAUGACGGACUAAACGACGUUCGAAACUUGCAGCGAUAGAAAUAUUAUAAAAGAUCUGAAAAUCGGAUUUCGUAUCGUUUGGACACAACGCGUAUGAACCCGAGUCCCUUUACUCGUUUUGAGAACGCGUUUUUCAAAUGAUUUUCGCUGCAGCAUCGAUGCGCAUCGAAAUAUCGGAUUAUUAGUGCGUUUUGAGGUUCACGAUGGUUGAUAGAUUUGUUUUUGUUUUGUUUCCUAACAGACGUGUAAUACUCUGAUAUCCGAUGCUGAAAUUCGUUUUAAAGUUUAUCGUCGCCGGCGUUUCUCGGUAUAGAUGCACUGGCAUCUAUAGCUGCAGCUAAAUCCAUAGUCUGAGACUAUCAUCCGAUCUGUUCAGACGAAUUUAUAAUAACACGUUGUUGGACUUUGUGAUUGCGUUUCGUAAAACAUUAUCGAUAAUAUUCGCGGUCGACUGGGGGUGCCCAGUCGAGGGCCGAACAUAUUGUAAAUUCGGCUCAGUUUUGAUCGGCGAUAAAAUAACGUUACGAACUCGACGCGAUUCAAUAACUAACGGACGGUUUAACGGUUUUUGACUGUGACGUUCCAAAACAUUCAAACUAAAACCCCGGUCGUAUAUGGCUAAUCUGAUGCGAACAAUAAUAAACAACAUAUUAUCUUGAUUUGCAUUGCAUGCAUUUCAAAUCCAUAGGCAAUAUCGAGAAGAACAAUAUACACGUCGUCUCUCUGUCUGCGUGGGGUUAUUGAUGCGAACUGUGCCGUUGAAAAUAGGUUUCCUUUGCCGUUGCUGUUGCCGAUAGAGAUGGAAACAUUAUACGGCAUAGUUAUAGUUUCGGAAAAAAAAAACUUGAUGAUUUUUUCGCUGCACACUCGGUAUUUAAAACCGGAGCCCCGCAGUUUACGCACAUCAAAUUUUCGACGGAAAAAUUCGGGGUCGAAUUUACAAUUAUUUCAUUGUCAUUUUUCAUAUCCGAUAUGGUUCGAACACGAGGGGUGGAUAUGUCUUGUCGACUAUAUUGACGUCAUCAAUUUCCAAUCCAAUUUUCUUCGCAGCUUCUAUUCAUUUUUAGAUUCCGAACGGAUCGAGGAGUGUAUUGGUUUUACAAUGAUGCUUUCUUUUUUUUUUCUUUUUUAUGGUAAACGCUUUUUCCACCAGAAAAUAUACUACGAUUAUAAAAUAUAGUGCCUUUUCUGAAAGUAAAUGUUCUCUGGGUGGUACUUUUAAAGAGGUGAUCUUUUUUGAAAUUCCCAUUAAUAUGCGGGAUAACGAGGAAAACCUGGUGCUUUAGGUUAGAAAAGAUUCAAAGAUUAAAAACAAGGUUUUUUUUAUUUAUUUUUUGUCAUUAUUAGUUUUUAUUGUUUUAAUUUUUUUUUUUUUUUUGCGCGCCCGCGCACGUCUCUUCGACAAUAAAACGACGUGGUCCGGACGGAUAGACUUGACGAUCGUGCGGGCGAGACACCCGGAGCGAACACGCGGGCCCGCGAUCUCGCCGACAACGACAAUGUUAUCAAUUAAAUCGGAUUAGCGUUCGCGUUCCACGUGACGCGGUUUACCCGCAGUCACGCGCCGUCGUCGCCGUGUUACGCGCGCGCCCGGUUAUAAUGCGCGCCCGGCAUUCGCGGCGUCGUGUCGUUGUGAACGCUAAUGUGACAUAUUGCGACGAAGGUUUGAAAGAAGAAAAAAAAAAUACAUUUUUUUUUUUUUCUUUUACACAUUCUAUUAUCCGCCGCCGUCAACGAUAGCGUAUUAUUAUUAUCAUAAUAAUAAUUAUAAUAUUUUAAUGUCGCGUCGUCGUGCGGGCACCCGCUAUGAUUAUAAUGCCGUCGACCGUCGCACGCCCUGGUAUUUUCAACAACACCAAUGCGCGCGUCUGACCGACAGUCCGCGGGCACCGUUGCGCUCGCGACGAACGCCACGCUAGAGCCGCGGCCGGGAGGGGGAGGUUUUUCGCGCGUCCGGCGGACACGAUAACAACAACAACAACAACAACAAUGACAAUAAUAACGGCGUGUCUGUAUUGUCAUUGCGGUGUUGUUGGCGUUACGAAACCGCCCUGAUAGAAAAACGUCGACAAUCGCUCGUGUCGCGGUAACCGCGCGCACGUCCGAAAAACGCGAAAUACGCGCACGCGUCUCGGGCGGGCGUUCAGGAUUUGUGCGCGGCCAUUUCUUAUUGGACCCUCCGGAAACAGCGCACGGUAACGCUAAUUCGCCUGAUACCGGCCGGCGAUAAUAAAUACCGUCGUCGUCGCCGUCCCGCGCUGUAUUACGCAACAUGGCUUCGGCGUCCGGCGGUUUUCUCGGUCGCUCGGUUAUUUUUCCUCCCAAGUGCCGUAAGCGCAACUAGACUACAUCAACCGGAUGCCGAUGCACCCCAAAGGUGGGGCGCUACAAAAAGUUACGGACCCGUCGAAAACCAAUGACGGCUAUGCCCCGUAAUCCCCGUUUUACACGACUCUUACAACAAGCGACUACGCAUUUUAUUCGCAUUUUUACACAUGGAAAUUCAUCGUAACUGUUUUGCCAUUGUUUUCCGUGUAUACACGUGGAUUAUCUGUAGGAAAUCUGUAUUUUGUGCGGCUCAUUUUAUAAAAUACACGGAUGGAAUAUUAUCAUUUCAUUAUUAUGAAAAUGCUUGGUGGGUUUUUUGAGGGACGUUAAUUUUAAACUCGAGAGUGCUAAAGACCACCUAGCACCAACCCCCUGGUUGCGCCUAUGUCCCAGUCCUCGGCAAUUCCGAAUCUAUAGGUCUUGCCGUAUAUUCCGUUCGUCCAUGACGUUCCUUUGGUCUUUCUCGCGGGCGCCUCCUUAAGUAUUUAUUUUAUUUUAAACGGGCGGCGUCCUGUCGCAAUUACGAAAAACGCAUGGCAACAAAACGAGUGCAAUUCAACACGAAAUAAUAGUACCGCAAUUAAACAACACGGUAGUAAAAAUAAACAUAGUACCUAUAAUUUGUGAUUAAAAAUGUAUCACAAAAAUAAUAAAUAAUAGAGAAAAGAUAUUAAUUCGUAACAAUAUGUAUGGAUAUACAAAGUGUCCUACGGCGUUAUCCGAAUGCUAAUAUAACUUUGUCAAUGUUAGUUUUUUUUUUCUAAUCAGGUUUUGUGUCUUAUUUACCGAAAAAAAUAAUACAGCUUUUUAGUUUUUCUAGAAAUUAAAACGGCUAAUAUUAUGAAACUAUUAAUCGGACGUGAAUGAUACAUUCAAAUGUUUAGAAUGUUAUACAAAAUGGCCAUUUGGAAAAUUUUAGAAAGUGAAAAAAUAAAAAAUGUAUUUCCUUUCAGUGAUUACGGGAUGCAAAUAUAAAUUUAAUUGUUCUCUACUCAACAAAAUUUUAGGUGACAGACAUUGGAAUAAAACAAUAUCAACUACGUGUACACAACCUGUAUACUCUUUGGUGGGGGGCGACGAUUAGACCCAGGGGGCAAUACCCCCCGUGCCUACGGGCCUGGAUCUAGUUCCACGACGGCGGGGCUAGAAUUCUGUAUCCAGUUGCUAAACGGUUAUAUUAUACUGCACGGAAUUUUUUUUUUUUUCCGUUCGCAUUUUCUUUGCAGUCGUAUCCGGCCUAUCGUUUCGAGUACGGCGUCCACGACCCGCACACGGGCGACAUAAAAAAACAGUACGAGGAACGGGACGGUGACACCGUCCGCGGUUACUACAGCCUGGUCGAGCCGGACGGUUCGAUCCGGUUGGUCGAGUACACGGCCGACGCGAAAAACGGGUUCCAGGCGGUCGUCAAGAAGUUCGGCCACUCGCACCACCCGGACACGGUGACGCAUCACAUGAACCACGGUCACAACAAACACCACCUGCACGAUGGCGGCGACGACGCUUACGCGCCAAGCUACUACGGUAGCGGCGGCAGUGGCGAAGGUGGCAGCGGUCACCACUACGAAAGUCCGGCGUCGCCGCACGUCUACGGCGGUAACGGCGGUCAUCAUCACGAGCCGCCCGCGUACGCAAACCACUACGAACCGCCGACCGGCUUCGACGGCGGCGAACACUACGAACCGUCGUCGUCGCCGCACGCCUUCGGAGACUACUACCAUCAGCCGUCCGGGGGCCAUCACAACGUGCAAUACGAACCGGACCACGCUUACGGCAAUCAGUACGGACAACCGCCGCCGUCCGCGUACAAUCACUACGAACCGCCCGUCGUCGGGCCCGCGCACUACCAGCAGCCCAUUGUAGUGCCCGCGCAAUUCGAACAGCCAAUCGCAUCCCCGCACUUCGAACAGCCGAUCGUGCCCGCGCACUACGAACCGGCCGUGGCGUCCCAUCCGGACGUCGGGCACUUCGAACACGGCUCGACGUCGCCUUUCGCCGGUGGCAUGCCCACCGCCCACGGUGACUACGGCAGCGCGCCGCAGGAAGAAUACUAUCCGGGACCGCUACGAUUCCCGGCCGCAUCCCGGGAGAAUGGUUUCGACUGGCCGGCCAAAGGAUCGGCCGAGGUCGGCCCGGCCGCGUACAAGUUUCCGGCCGUCGUCGGCGACAGCGGAGAACACCGGGCCCUCGGAAAGCUACAGAAGGCCGGCGGUUCCCGCGAACGGCCCGAAUACCUGCGCAAAUACUUCAAACCGGAAUACCGAGCCCAUCACGUCAACAGUUUCUACAACGACGACGACGAAUGAACGCGCGCGCCCCCGGUUAUGCUACGACAACCGGCGGCGGCGUCGUCUGCAGUUAUCGCCGGCGUCACCGCGGUCAGUACCGUACGAUCGGCAUCGAAUACUAUUUAAUAAUCAAUUACCCGUACACAAUAUAAUACCCACCCUGUAAAUGUUAAAAUAAUAAUACGCACGAAACUAUAAAAUAUAACCACGUCGACUAUACUCCGGCGCCCGCGUAUUCGAGAGACCCGGUGUAUAUAAACGGGGUUUCCGAUACUUCAUCCUCGGAGACGAGUUCGAUUCCGAAACAACGCGUUUCCCGUCAUAUUGUCAUACCGCAUGUUUUACUAUUACCGUUUUCCGUCUAAACACUCGUUAAAAACCGACACGUGAUAUCGUUGCAUAAUAUUAUAGUGAAAAGUUCAUUUUUCGUCGGGAAAUAAUAUCCGUUUGAAAUUCCGUCCGCGAAACGGAAUCCGUAAUACGAAUAGUAGCGCGACGGACGCGAAUGUCACACGAGUUUCCGGACAAAAAUACUAACUAGUAUAAAUGUUAAAUAAAUAUUGAUUAAAUAUUUCGUUAUAUUUGCGUGUGUACGAUAGACUCGUCGACAUUCGCGACAAUUCAUAUUUAUAAAUAUAUUUUUUUUUUCCAUACCUUCUUAUCUAUAUUAUAAUUUAUAAAUAAUUGUUUAUCAUAAAAUAUUAUCCUGAUGUAUUGUAUUAUAAACGUAUGUUUCCGAUGUAACGUAUUAUUUUUCAUACGAUAAUACGUUCCGUUUAUCGAUUAUUUAUUUAUCGAUUAAUUAAUUGAAAAAGAAAAAAAAAACCAAAAAACAAUUAUUGCAGAUUAUGUACAUAUUUUACCUAUAAUUAUUAUUUAGCCUUUUCGCAGACAAAUGUUGUAUUUUUUUUUUUUUUUUUCAAUAACAUUAUUUUUACUGUUUUAUGUUUAAAUAUGAAUAUAUGUAAUAAAGUAUUAGUAAUACGUAAC